GACUUGUUCACAUCCUAAACUCAUUUUUCUCUUGUGACUGUGAGCAUGGAGUCCAUUAAGGCAGAGGUUUUGGGGAAGAUGGGUAAGAAGGAGAUAAUCAGAAAGGCAGAGGAGUUGGUAGAGAAAGCAAUGAGAGGGAACGAUGCUUCACAUGAUGCAGCCCAUGCUUUUCGAGUUAGAGACCUUGCCCUUUCACUUGCUCACGAAGAAACCCUUUCUACUUCUCCUGAUUCCAUCUUAAUCGUGGAACUGGCUGCUCUUCUACAUGACAUAGGUGACUACAAAUACGUAAGGGAUCCAUCUGAGGCAAAGAUUGUUGAGGAAUUUCUUCAGGGUCAAGGCAUAGAGGAAGGGAUGAAGAUAAAGAUAUUGAAUAUAAUUAAGGGGAUGGGUUUCAAGGAAGAAGUUGGAGGGCUUGCAAAUACGAAUUAUUCAAUAGAGUUUGGAGUGGUGCAAGAUGCCGAUCGGCUUGAUGCGAUUGGUGCAAUAGGAAUCGCCCGUUGCUUUACUUUCGGUGGAAGCAGGAAUAGAGUCCUCCAUGACCCAAGAAUUGAACCUCGAUCAGAUCUGUCUAAGGAAAAUUACAUGAACAAAGAAGAGCAGACUACUGUGAAUCAUUUUCAUGAGAAGCUUCUCAAAUUGAAGGACUUGAUGAAGACAAAGGCUGGUAAGGAAAGGGCUGAGAAAAGGCACAAAUUUAUGGAGGAUUUUCUGAAGGAGUUCUAUGAAGAGUGGGAUGGGAGGGCUUAAAUGAGAUUCAGAAGUUCUUACUAUCGGACCAAUGACCAAACAACAUUUAGUGCGCUGGUGUGCCUCUCACGACUUCUUGGGUGUUGUGUUAUUUCUAUCUUGUUUAAACAUUUCAGUUGGUUGCAUUUGGACUCCGACACUCUGUUUGGAUCAUUGUUACCCAUUGUAUUGUAUUGUAUCGUUACUAUACCUACAAUGUUUGUUUUGAUUGUUACUUAAAAUGUAUUGUAUUGUAUUAUUAAAUUCCGUUGUUACGUAACAAUGAAAACCCUAAUUUUAUGGAACAACCAAUUUAGUG